AGUGGCUGAUUGCGAUCAGCAAACGAAGCUCCCAUAUGAUUUCAUUCCGUCGUCAGUUGUGUUAAAAAUCGUUAUCUAAAUGUUGGGUUUUCUACUCUUGAUUGUGUUUCUCCUGCCGAGAGGUUUUGGGCAGACGUCUUUCCAAGGUUUCUUGUUGCGCCACAACAAGUCCUACAGCUCCACAGCUGAGCUACAGCUGCGCCAACAGCUCUACAACCAAACGGUGGCAGAAGUAGAGGAGCACAACCGCAAGUUUGCUGCCGGUCUUGUUUCCUACUCCUUGGCCAUCAACCAAUUCGCUGAUCUCACUCCAGAGGAAAUCUCCAGCCGCUUCCAGACGCUGCCCAGGAAAUCUCCUAAUUCCUCUACACUAUUCCACCUGAGGAACUCCAGCUUCAUUUCAGACAGUGUGGACUGGCGUCAGAAGGAAGUGGUGACGGCAGUGAAGGAUCAGGGGAAUUGCGGGGCCUGCUGGGCUUUCAGCGCGACUGGAGCCUUGGAAGGGCAGCUGGCCUUGAAAUACCACAACCUUACCUCUAUAAGCGAACAGCAGCUGCUGGACUGUGACAAGGACAACAAUGGUUGCAGCGGUGGCACUGUGCAGGAGGCUUUCGAGUAUGCCAGAAAACACAGCCUGAUUUCUGAGGUUCUUUAUCCGUAUCAGGCAACUCAAGGCUCCUGCCGGACGGGCCAUCCGGGCCUUGUGAGGUCUGGAGGCUAUGUUGAUAUAGCUGAGGGCAACGAGACUGAGCUCCAACAGGCUGUGGCUUUUAUAGGCCCAGUCUCCGUGGCCAUCAACGCAGACAGGAUAAUCAAGUAUUCAUCGGGCGUCUUCGACGACUCCUGUUCCACCACAGUGAACCACGGACUAUUGGCGGUGGGCUUUGGGAACGAAUCAGGGCAACUUUACUGGAUUCUGAAAAACUCCUGGGGCCCGAGUUGGGGCGAAGACGGUUACAUUAGGAUGGUUAUGGGGAAGGGACUGUGUGGGAUCGCCCUGCAGGCCUGCUACCCCGUUGGGGUGACCAACCAGGCCUCAACCCGCUCGCACCUUUUCAACUAUUGGCUGGCCUGGAUGGGGCUGUUUGUUUUAGUGGUGGGGAAAUGGAAUCUGUAAAACGA